AUGCUCCCGCAAUGCCACGGCCCUGUCUGGGCCAUCGAUGACCUCUCCAGGUGCUUCCAACGCAACAUUUUGCAAAUCACACUUCCGCUCGCAGCCUGCGCUAUCUCCUUGCUACUUAUCGUCUUCCGCCUCGCCCAUCGCUUCGUAGUCGACCGCAAAGGUGCUGCUUACAAGGUUCUCGCAAACGAUGGCUCCGAAGACGACCUCCCCAAUGGCCGCGAAAGCGAAUCGGAUCCCAUGCUCCUCCAGGCCGUGCAGAGCGAACAACCGCAGUUGGAGAUCGAUCGCCCGCGUGGAGAAGUCACCGUCAUCGCGAUAGAGAUCGCCUUUCUUAUCGGCCUGGUCGCGGUGUACGUCGUUGGCCUGUCGACCGACGGCUGGGGCCGCCAUGGAGCCCUCCCCGCGACAGCCGGGCUGAUCUCAUGGGGUUAUAUACUGUUUUUGGUCUUGGUUCGACUUCUGCUGUCCACCAUGGGUAUUUUCACGGCUCCCAGGCUUUGGACCCAUACGGCUAUUUUGUAUAGUGCCCAGUGGCUGCUGAAUAUCAUGGUGUUCCGAUCUGCCAUCAUCCACCCAAUCUCGCACCCUGCCAGGACCCUCAGCAUCGUCCAAUUCACCCUGAGCACAUUGCUGCUCUUGAUUGCCCUCACUACUCGUCGAGGCAACAAGCCGGUUCUGGUCGAGCACGAGGAGGGGUUGGAGCCCCCGCGACACCCCAUGGCCAGUCUCCUGUCUCUUGCGACUUUUUCCUGGCUGGACCCGUUGGUUCUGAAAGGCUAUCGACAGCCUCUUGAGCUGAAGGACGUUUGGAACCUGACUCCGUCGCAAAAGGCCGCCACUGUUCUGACGUCCUUUCGCAAGCGGCAGCUGAAGGGUUCAUUAGCCUGGAAGCUGGUCCGAUAUUUUGCCCCGACCAUUUUGAUUCAAGGUGCCUGGACCAUUUUUGCCAAUCUCUUUGUUUUCGUUCCGAGUAUGCUUCUCAAGGCCAUCCUUGAGUAUGUUGAGGACCCACGCUCGACAACUCCCUAUGCCGCCUGGCUGUACGCGAUUCUCCUCUUCUGCUCCGCCAUUGUCCAGGGUGUAGCCGACGGUCAGGCUCUCUUUAUUGGCCGGAAGAUGGGUGUCAAAAUUCGCGCAAUUAUCAUCGGUGAAAUAUACGCCAAGGCGCUCCGGCGUAAAGCCAGUGCGUCUACGGAAGUUUCUCGCAAGCCCGCGGAGGAACCUGUCACUAAGGACACGAAGCAAAAGAAAAGCAAAUUGUUUUCUUUUGGCCGUAAGAAGAAGGCCGGCACUGAUAAUGAUGCCGAGACAGGACAGAAGCCUGAAUCCGACGUGGAGGAUGCCAUCACACAAGCCAAUAUCGGUACCAUCAUUAACCUGAUGGCCAUUGACUCAUUCAAGGUUAGCGAGGUUGGCGCCUACCUUCACUUCCUGUGGGCUAGUGUGCCAGUGCAAAUCAUCAUGGCUAUCGCACUUCUCUAUAAAAUCAUGGGAUUCAGCUCUUUUGCUGGUAUCGCCCUGAUGGUCUUCAUGUUGCCCAUUAACCUCUUUAUCGCCCGGCAGUUUAAUAAGGUGCAGAACGCGAUCCUCAAGGGCACUGAUGCCCGUAUUCACGCGACGAAUGAAGUUCUUCAGAAUAUCCGCAUAAUCAAGUACUUUGCCUGGGAACAACGGUUCCAGGACAUCGUCAAUGAGAAGCGCAAAGCUGAGCUGAAAUCCCUGCGCCGCCGCUACAUCCUUUGGUCUUCCGCCGCUACCGUCUGGUACGGAACCCCGAUCUUGAUCACUUUCUUGUCUUUCUUCCUGUACACCGUCGUCGAAAAGAAGCAAUUGACACCAUCCAUUGCCUUCCCUGCUCUUUCAAUGUUCUCGCUCUUGCGUGUGCCCCUGGAUCAGCUUGCAGACAUGGUGGCUCACGUCCAAGAAUCCAAGGUCUCCCUUGAUCGUGUGGACAAGUACCUGAACGAGGAGGAGACUGGCAAAUACGAUCAACUGCGCGAUAGCAGCGUGUCUGAUGAACCAGCCAAGAUUGCACUGGAGAAGGCUACGUUGUCCUGGAGCACCGCCAGCCCUCGGCCUCAACCCUCUUCUGCUUCUUCUUCUGAGGACGGCGCUGAUGCCUUCCGUCUGAUCAAUAUCGAUGUCAACUUCCCUAUUGGUCGGCUCAGCAUCAUUGCCGGUCCUACUGGCUCCGGAAAGACCUCUCUUCUUAUGGCCCUUCUUGGUGAAAUGAGACUCGUAGAGGGUCGUGUCCGUCUUCCUGGAGGCAUGACGAGCCGUGCUGAUCUUCCAGUUGACCCCGCAACUGGCCUGAUUGACAGUGUUGCGUAUUGUGCCCAGGAGGCCUGGUUGGUGAACGCAACCGUGAAGGAAAACAUCAUCUUUGCAUCCCCGCUCGACGAGAAGCGUUACCGUGCCGUCCUCAAGGCAUGUGCUCUGGAACGUGACAUCGAAAUCCUCGAUGCUGGCGACCAGACCCUCGUCGGAGAGAAAGGUAUCAGUUUGUCCGGUGGCCAGAAGCAGAGAAUCUCCCUUGCCCGAGCUGUCUAUAGCAGUGCUCGCCACCUACUACUGGACGACUGCCUUUCUGCUGUCGACUCUCACACAGCCAAGCACCUCUUCCGUCAAGCGCUUACCGGGCCUCUGAUGUUCAACCGCUCUUGCGUCUUGGUGACUCAUAAUAUAGCCCUCGCUGUACCCCAGGCAGACCACGUUGUCGUUCUUGAAAAUGGAAAAGUCGCCGCUCAGGGUCGCCCUGAUGAUGUCGCUGCUACUGGCGCUCUUGGAGACGAAUUCUUCAAGUCUCGGCCCGGCUCUCGAGCCAGCUCCCGCGGUCUCUCGCGAGCGCCCUCGGAUCACGAAGAGGACAAUGCGGACGAAUCUGCAAACGGAACGGCCAAUGAACAGAAAAAGGAUGAGAAGUCGGAGCUGGCAGAAAGCAAGGCCACUGGCAGUAUCAAAUGGUCCACGGUCACCAUGUAUCUACGCUCAAUGGGCUCAGGCUACUACUGGAUCGUGGCUGUUUCGAUCUUCUGCAUGCAACAACUUGGUUCGGUGUCGACCAACAUCUGGAUUCGCCAGUGGGCCAACGCAUACCACACUGCUAGUGUCAAUCAAGAUGAUGCUGGUAGCUACGCGGCUGCAGCUCACAUUAAGCCCCCAACUUUCAACGUUGGCAGUGUUGCCAAGGUGAGCAGCUGGGUCCCACAGCAACUGAGCUCUCGCUUCUCAAAUACUGCCGCGGAUGGUGAGGUCAAUGUGGGAUACUACCUUGGUGUGUAUGCACUCCUCGGUUUCCUUUACAUUGCGAUCUCUUUGAGCCGGGAGGCCGUGUUGUUCUGGGGCUCGCUUCACGCAUCUUGGAAGAUUCACGACCGGCUGCUCAACGCAGUUUUGCAUGCCAAGUUCCGAUUCUUCGACUCGACGCCCCUUGGUCAGCUUAUGAACCGCUUCUCCAAGGACAUUGAGUCUGUCGAUCAGGAAGUUGCUCCCGUGGCAAUCGGUAUGCUUCACAGCUUGGCUUCCGUUAUCAUGAUUGUCAUCCUCAUUUCCGUCAUCACGCCUGGUUUCUUGAUUGCGGGUAUUUUCAUCACUCUUGUUUACACUGCCCUUGGUGCCAUCUACCUGAACUCUUCUCGUGAUCUCAAGCGUCUGGAGUCUGUCCAACGCAGCCCUCUAUACCAGCAAUUCGGCGAAACCCUCAAUGGUAUCGUGACUAUCCGUGCUUAUGGUGAUGGGCCUCGGUUCAUUGUCGACAACCACCGUCGCAUCAAUGCUUACAACCGCCCACACAUCUACCUUUGGGCUAGUAACCGCUGGCUUGCUCUGCGUGUCGACUGGACCGGUGCUCUGGUCGCUUUCUUCUCCGCAACCUUUGUCCUUCUCAACGUUGGUAAGAUUGAUGCUGGUGCGGCUGGUCUUUCUCUGACUUAUGCGGUAACCUUCACGGAGAACGUGCUUUGGCUUGUCCGCCUCUACUCCGAAGUUCAGCAGAACAUGAACUCAGUCGAGCGAGUGCGCGAGUAUCUGGAAGUUGAGCAAGAGGCCGCCCUUAUCAUCGAGGAAAACCGCCCUGAAUCUAACUGGCCUAGUCAAGGUGCCGUUGACUUCAAGGGCUACACUACCCGCUACCGUCCGGACCUCGGUGCCGUGCUCAAGGAAGUUUCCUUCUCUGUGAAGCCUGGUGAAAAGGUUGGCAUCGUCGGUCGCACUGGUGCGGGCAAGAGUUCUUUGGCAUUGGCACUAUUCCGCGGCUUGGAAGCCGAAAAGGGUCAGAUUUUGAUUGACGGCGUCGACAUUGGUUCGAUUGGAUUGCGGGAUCUCCGUGAAGCAAUCACCAUCGUGCCUCAGGAUCCCACCCUAUUCACGGGUACUAUUCGCAGCAACCUUGAUCCCUUCGGUCUGUUUAGCGAUUCAGAGAUCUUCACAGCCAUCCGCCGGGUACACCUGAUCGGAUCUGCUACCUCGGGCACCGCCACACCCGCUACCUCGAGCACAUUCACGGCCGUCGAAACCAACGGCAUGAACGGCAGCACUGCCUCCGUCACCGACAACAAGAACAUCUUCCACAACCUGGACAGCCCUGUCUCGGAGUCCGGAUCCAACCUGUCCCAAGGCCAGCGCCAACUCCUGUGUCUCGCCCGUGCACUCCUCAAGAAACCUCGCGUCCUGAUGAUGGACGAAGCCACCGCCUCGAUCGACUAUGCCACCGACGCCAAGAUCCAGGAAACUUUGCGUGAGCUGCGCGAAAGCACAAUCAUCACCAUCGCCCACCGUCUCCAGACCAUCAUUGACUACGACAAGGUCCUGGUCCUCGACCACGGCCGCGUUGUCGAGUUCGACCACCCUUGGACCCUGAUCAACAAGGAAGACGGCCUGUUCCGCAGCAUGUGUGACAACAGCGGCAACAUGGACGUUCUCCUGGACGGAGCCAAGCGUGCCUGGGCGUCGAAGCGUCUGGUCGACGACUCUUAA